CUUCAGGCCACAGACUUCUUGUCUUCCAUACCCCCCACCACCAUCACUACUCUAGCCGUGAGGACACUCGGCCCUGAGAGUCCUCUUUCUUUAAUCCUCUAUUUGCAGCGAUGGGAUUGACUUCACACUAAAAGUCGACUUGGCUGUAAUUGCGUCGCAACAAUCCAGAUCUGUCUGUCCUGUUCAGGGCUGGGAAAGCCCGUCUAACCGCCCAUCAUGGCGACCACUUCGCACAUGUUCAUGUACUCCUUGACGAUCCAGCCCCCUACUGCGAUCAAUCAAGCCAUUCUGGGUCAAUUUGCAGGGACCAAGGAACAGCAGAUUGUCACGGCGUCGGGUUCGAAGCUUACGAUCCAUCGUCCCGAUCCGACACAAGGAAAGAUCACUCCGAUUUACUCCCAAGAUGUCUUUGGUAUCAUUCGCACCCUGGCUGCCUUUAGACUAGCUGGGAGUACCAAAGAUUAUAUAAUCAUUGGCUCUGAUUCGGGUCGUAUUACGAUCAUUGAAUAUGUGCCCUCGCAGAAUCGGUUCAGCCGGAUUCACCUCGAGACCUUUGGCAAGUCCGGUGUCCGUCGUGUAGUCCCGGGUCAAUACCUACUGGUCGACCCGAAGGGCAGAGCGUGUAUGAUUGCGUCCGUGGAGAAGAACAAGCUUGUCUAUGUCUUGAAUCGUAACUCGCAGGCCGAGUUGACGAUUUCUUCGCCACUGGAAGCCCACAAACCACAGACUCUAGUCUUUGCAAUGACCGCUUUGGAUGUUGGGUAUGACAACCCUAUAUUCGCGGCUCUUGAAGUAGACUACUCGGAGUCGGACCAAGAUCCUACGGGCCAGGCAUUUGAAGAGGCUGAAAAGCUGCUGGUUUACUAUGAACUGGACCUUGGUCUUAACCACGUUGUUCGCAAGUGGUUGGACCCUGUUGAUCGCACUGCCUCCAUGCUCUUCCAGGUUCCUGGUGGUGCGGAUGGUCCUAGUGGUGUCUUGGUUUGUGCGGAGGAUAAUAUCACUUACCGACACUCCAACCAAGAUGCUUUCAGAGUGCCGAUCCCUCGUCGCAGUGGUGCCACUGAGAACCCUGAACGCAAGCGCUCUAUCAUUGCUGGUGUCAUGCACAAAAUGAGGGGCGCCUUCUUCUUCCUUCUCCAAAGCGAAGACGGCGAUCUCUUUAAGCUCACGCUCGACAUGGUGGAAGAUGAUAAUGGUCAGCUGACCGGUGAAGUCAAAGGGUUGAAAAUCAAAUACUUUGAUACCGUCCCUAUUGCAUCGAACCUCUUGAUUCUCAAGAGCGGUUUCCUCUAUGUCGCUAGCGAGGCGGGCAACCACCAUUUCUACCAGUUUGAGAAACUUGGUGACGACGAUGAAGAGAUUGAGUUCAGCAGCGAUUCAUUCUCGCCGGACCCGUCGGUCCCAUGCGAACCUGUAUUCUUCCGCACCAGAGGCUCCGAGAACCUGAACCUUGUAGAUAGCAUCAACUCAUUAAAUCCGUUGAUUGACAGCAAGGUCGUGAAUCUUUUGGAGGAUGAUGCCCCCCAAAUUUACAGCGUCUGUGGUGCUGGUGCCCGCAGUAGCUUCCGAACAUUGAAGCAUGGUUUGGAGGUCUCAGAAAUUGUCGAGUCUGAACUUCCCAGUGUGCCUUCGGCCGUUUGGACUACCAAGCUCACUCGGCAGGAUGAGUUCGAUGCCUAUAUCAUUCUCUCCUUUGCCAACGGCACGCUUGUGUUAAGCAUUGGCGAGACCGUGGAGGAAGUUACCGAUACCGGCUUCCUUUCCACUGCACCCACUUUGGCAGUUCAACAGCUCGGGGAGGACACAUUGAUCCAAGUUCACCCCAGAGGUAUUCGUCACAUCCUCGCAGACCGACGGGUCAACGAGUGGCCUGCUCCUCAGCAUCGAUCCAUCGUGGCUGCUGCAACAAAUGAGCGCCAAGUUGCGGUUGCUUUGAGUUCCGGAGAAAUCGUGUAUUUCGAAAUGGAUGCCGACGGGUCACUCGCUGAGUACGAUGAAAGACGUCAGAUGAGUGGUACUGUGACGUGUCUCAGUCUAGGAGAAGUUCCGGAGGGCCGUAUUCGAAGCUCGUUCCUGGCUGUUGGGUGUGAUGACUCGACAGUUCGCAUCUUGAGUUUGGAUCCCGACUCUACCUUGGAGAACAAGUCUGUCCAGGCACUCACGUCAGCUCCAUCAGCUUUGAACAUCAUGUCGAUGGCUGAUUCGAGCUCCGGUGGAUCCACUCCUUACUUGCAUAUCGGUCUCUACUCCGGUGUGUACCUUCGCACCGUUUUGGACGAAGUGACUGGAGAGCUUUCCGAUACCCGUACGCGGUUCCUGGGAGCCAAGCCUGUCAAGCUGUUCCGUGUCUCGGUCAAGGGCCAGACUGCUGUUCUCGCUCUCAGCUCCCGUCCCUGGCUCGGAUAUUCCGACAUUCAGACCAAGGGAUUCAUGUUGACACCAUUGGACUAUGUUGGACUGGAAUGGGGAUGGAACUUUUGCAGCGAGCAAUGCUUGGAGGGCAUGGUUGGUAUCCAGGGCCAAAAUCUUCGGAUCUUCUCAAUUGAGAAACUGGACAACAACAUGCUGCAAGAGUCCAUUCCGCUCACUUACACACCGCGUCGCUUUAUCAAACAUCCUGAACAGCCGCUGUUCUAUGUCAUUGAAUCGGACAACAAUGUCCUGUCGUCCUCGACAAGGGCGAGAUUGAUUGAAGAUUCUCAAGCGCGGAAUGGCGAAACUGAGGUGCCUCCAGCUGAGGAAUUUGGUCAUCCCCGAGCCACCGGUCACUGGGCUUCAUGCAUUCAAAUUGUCGAUCCCGUUAGCGAGAAGGCAGUGGUCGCAACAAUUGAGCUUGAGGAAAAUGAGGCGGCCGUGAGCGUUGCUGCUGUUCCUUUCACCAGCCAAGAUGACGAAACCUUCCUCGUUGUGGGAACUGGCAAGGAUAUGACAGUCAACCCACCGUCUUCCUCUGGCGGAUUCAUCCAUAUCUACCGAUUCCAGGAAGAUGGAAGAGAACUGGAGUUCAUUCACAAGACCAAGGUUGAGGAACCUCCUUUGGCUCUUCUCGGGUUCCAAGGUCGUCUGGUUGCCGGUGUUGGACCGGUUCUCCGCAUCUACGACCUGGGAAUGAAGCAACUGCUCCGAAAGUGCCAGGCCCCAGUUGUUCCGAAGAUGAUUGUCGAUCUUCAGACACAGGGAAGCAGAAUUGUUGUGAGUGAUGUUCGUGAGAGUGUCACGUAUGUUGUGUACAAGUACCAAGAAAACAUUCUGAUUCCCUUUGUGGAUGACUCGGUUCCUCGCUGGACAACGUCGACCACGAUGGUGGACUAUGAGACUGUUGCCGGAGGUGACAAGUUUGGAAACAUUUGGAUGGUUCGUUGUCCUAAGAAGAUCUCGGAAGAGGCAGACGAGGACGGAUCGGGAGCCCAUCUGAUUCAUGAGCGUGGCUACUUGCACGGAACGCCGAAUCGGUUGGAGCUGAUGAUCCAUAACUACACUCAAGACAUCCCGACCCGGCUGCACAAGUCGCAACUUGUGGCGGGAGGACGCGACAUUCUGGUCUGGACAGGGUUCCAGGGUACGAUUGGAAUGCUCGUGCCGUUCAUCGGACGAGAGGAUGUGGACUUUUUCCAGAAUCUUGAGAUGCAGCUGGCGGCGCAGCACCCUCCUCUCGCUGGACGGGACCACUUGAUUUACCGCAGCUACUAUGCACCCGUCAAGGGAGUCAUUGACGGGGAUUUAUGUGAGAUGUAUUUCCUGCUGUCUAACGAUACGAAGAUGAUGAUUGCCGCGGAACUUGACCGUUCAGUCAGAGAGAUUGAACGGAAGAUCUCGGAUAUGCGGACAAGAGUGGCGUAUUGAUUUUGAAGAGAUUCGGCGUCAUCGGCAUUCUGUAUAAGGGUUUUAGAUACCCGAUAAUUUCUACUAGA